CCACAAUGCAGCGGGGCUAAGUAUUAACAUGGCGUCAAUGGUUGCUGUUUUGACCAGGGCCGUGGGAUUUGAAAAACAUUAUUUAGCACAGAACCAUGGAGACAGAUAAUCAUUGAUCCAAAAUCAACUUUCGAGCUGGAAACUAGCUCAGCCGGACGACCGCCGGGGGCACAGUGGCUAACAUUUUGUGGACAGCUAACAGCAAAGAGUCUCUAGGAAGUCAGCGUGAAUCAUUCCCAGAGCACAAGAAACAGCUUUUAAUGACUUUAGGUGGCCAGCUUCCCUGGUCAACCUCAUCACACUGUUGACCCCACCAGGGACACAAACAGCAGGACAAUAGGAAUGGAUGAGUCCAGAAGCCCGGGAAAAUCAAGCAAACAGUCUCAGCCCAGAGGGGCCAAAGCUUUGUCCAGCGAGAAGUCAAACAAGGAAGCUCCUGCUCAGAGGGAGGGCACCAAGUCUGCGCCCCGCAGACAAGAAAACGUCACCGCUGCAAAGGAUGAGCACAAUAUAGGCAGCCAGGGAAGCCGCGGACCAGGCAAGACUUUCACAGAUACACCCCUGGACAAGAGGAGAGGACGACCCUCCAGGCUGACUAGACUGACUGGAAGGACAAGUUCUGGGGAAAGAGGGAAGGGAAAAGUGACAAGCCCCCAACAGCAGCUGAUGGCACAGGCUGUGGACUCCAGGGCAUCUCUGUCUGCAGACAACAGCCCUUCAGCAAACAGAGAGACCAGCCCUCCUGCAGCACUGGGCACACCUGAGAAAGGUCUUACAGAGAGGGCCAAGAGUUCCACUGCAGCCCAUGCAAAGGAAAGAUCCCAUGGAGUGAGAACUGCUGCACUGAUGCAUCAGUCUGUUGAGCAGCGCACAGAGAGGAGGCUUAGUGUGGAGGACAGCCCCUUGACAGACCAACAGCUUGGCCUCCGGCAAGCAGAGGAGCGCCUCUACAGAGACUACAUCCACCGACUGUUGAAACAGUCUCCGGAGUACCCAACCUAUCAAUACUUAUGCAAGCUCUGCUCCGUGCACAUCGAGAACAUCCAAGGAGCACACAAACACAUCAAGGAGAAGAGACACAAGAAGAACAUAAUGGAGAAACAGGAGGAGAAUGAACUGCGUGCCCUGCCGCCCGCCUCUGUUGCCCAGCUGAAGGCGGUGGACGCAGCCGUCCUGGAAACAGCCACAGUGUACGGGAUCUCAGAGGAGGACUUCGAGGUUCGGAAGGCCGUGGUUGGCAGGAUGGAGGAGAUCAUCAAGAGGCACCUCUCAACUUGUGGUCUCCGCCUCUAUGGUUCAUGUCUUACCCGAUUUGCCUUCAAAACAAGUGAUAUCAACAUCGAUGUCACCCACCCUUCCUCAAUGACACAACCUGAGGUCUUGAUUCAAGUGCUGGAAAUCAUUAAGAACAGCUCUGAAUAUUCCGAGGUUGAGUCUGAUUUUCAUGCCAAAGUUCCUGCUGUCUUCUGUCGGGAUGCUAGCAGUGGCCUGAUGUGCAAAGUGAGUGCAGGCAAUGACGUUGCUUGUCUAACCACCAAUCACCUGGCGGCCCUGGCAAAACUUGAGCCUCGAUUGGUUCCUCUGGUGCUGGCCUUCCGCUACUGGGCAAGGCUGUGUCACAUUGACUGCCAGGCUGAAGGUGGCAUUCCCUCCUACUCCUUCGCCCUCAUGGUCAUCUUCUUCCUGCAGCAGAGGAGAGAGCCCAUCCUCCCUGUCUACCUGGGCCGCUGGAUCGAAGGCUUUGAUGUGAAACGUGUAGACGAGUAUCAUCUUACUGGAAUCUCGCUGGACAUGUUCGUCCGAUGGGAGCACAGACCUCAGAGCUCUACGGACGGACGAGGGGAGAACCGGAAUGAGGCUAGAGGAGAAGGAAGAGCAAAACCGGAUCAGAGGAAACCUGAAGAUGCUCAUUACUCUGAAGGCCUGACUCGGCUGACCUUGGACCUCAGAAAAGGCGUGUCCCUGGGCCAGUUGUGGUUAGAGCUGCUACGUUUCUACACGUUGGAGUUUGCUCUGGAAGAAUACAUCAUCAGCAUCCGCUUGAAGGAGCUCCUCUCUAGGGAAGGGAAGAACUGGCCUCGUCGCAGGCUCGCUAUUGAAGAUCCUUUCGCCCUGAAGAGGAAUGUGGCGCGCAGCUUGAACAGUCAGAUGGUCUUUGAGUACAUCCAGGAGCGCUUUCGUACGGCUUACAAAUACUUCGCUUGUCCUCAGAGAAGAGGCGCUGCUGGGUGUCAGAGAAGCAAGAAGGCAGGGAAGCAAGCUGCAAAGUUGGAAGGGGUUGAGAAGGCGGAGGCUGCUUGUGUAAACAAGAACGAAGAUGAUGAGGACAGUGAAAAAAGUCUGAGCACUCAGAGGGGGCGGAAGGAGGACAAGGAAGAUGACAGCGAAGAUGAAGAUGGUUCAGAUCCGUCCAGAAAGAAGGAUGAGAAGACUUUGGAUGCCAGUCUCAUGGACAUGGUUCUCAGUGAGGGGAACAAACCUUCCUUCUCUCCCAAUGGCCUGCUGGACAGCGACAAGGAGGAGGAGGAAGAGGGGGAGGAGGAGGAAGAGGGGGAGGAGGAGGAAGAAGAGGAGGAACAGUGCAGUGUUUUAGAAAAAGAAGGACCCAUUGCAUCAAAAGAUCUGCACUACAUAUUUGAUAGGAUGAUAUUUACUGGUGGAAAGCCUCCCACAGUGGUUUGCAGCAUCUGCAAACGGGACGGCCACCUGAAGGACGAGUGCCCUGAAGACUUCAAGAAGAUCGAGCUGAAGAUUCUGCCCCCCAUGAACGACCGCUUCAGAGAUAUUCUGGAUGGCCUCUGCAGAAUCUGCUAUUAUGAACUGUCACCCACACAUGCAGAGCAGCAGAAGAGGGAGCAGAUCCUUGGCAGCCUGGAGAGGUUCAUAAGGAAGGAGUACAAUGAUAAAGCUCAGCUCUGCUUGUUCGGCUCCUCCAAGAAUGGCUUCGGCUUCCGGGACAGCGACCUCGACAUCUGCAUGACUCUGGAGGGUCACGAGACAGCAGAGAAUCUGAAUUGCAAAGAGAUUAUUGAAGGUCUUGCAAAAGUGCUGAAGAAGCACACGGGUUUGAGGAACAUCUUGCCUAUCACAACAGCUAAAGUGCCUAUUGUGAAGUUUGAACACAGACAGAGUGGUUUGGAGGGAGACAUUAGCCUUUACAAUACACUGGCUCAACACAAUACAAGAAUGCUGGCUACUUACGCAGCUCUGGAUCCACGUGUGCAGUUCCUUGGAUACACAAUGAAGGUGUUUGCAAAGCGCUGCGACAUUGGGGACGCAUCAAGAGGAAGCCUCUCAUCUUAUGCAUACAUCCUGAUGGUGCUUUACUUCCUACAACAGAGGCAGCCACCAGUCAUCCCCGUCUUGCAGGAGAUCUUUGAUGGGAAAAUGGUUCCACAGCGGAUGGUGGACGGCUGGAAUGCCUUCUUUUUUGAUGACCUGGAAGAUCUGCGUCGCCUUCUCUCCGAUCUGCAGCCGAACACAGAGUCAGUGGGAGAGCUGUGGUUGGGACUCCUGCGCUUCUACACAGAGGAGUUUGACUUCAAGGAGCACGUCAUCAGCAUCCGCCAAAAGAAGCGCCUCACCACCUUUGAGAAACAGUGGACCAGCAAGUGCAUCGCUAUCGAAGAUCCCUUUGAUCUGAAUCAUAAUCUCGGUGCUGGAGUUUCCCGAAAAAUGACUAACUUCAUCAUGAAGGCUUUUAUAAACGGGAGGAAGUUGUUUGGAACUCCGUUCUACCCGGUCCCAGGCACUGAAGUGGACUACUUCUUCGACUCUAAGGUGCUGACAGACGGCGAGUUGGCGCCAAACGACAGGUGCUGCAGGAUCUGUGGGAAGAUCGGACACUACAUGAAGGACUGUCCAAAGAGGCGCAGGAUUAAAAAGAAGGAAAACGAUAAAGACGAGGACGUCAAAGAGGAGGAGCGGGAGCCAAAGGACAGACGAUGUUUCCAGUGUGGGGACACGGGCCAUGUAAGGAGAGACUGCCCUGAGUACCGCCACCUCAAACAGAGGACUACCGGAGCACCAGCUCCUCAUAUGGUACGAACUAUAGUGAACUCCCAGUCAGUCCCCAUUCCACAGGCAGCUGCUGACAUCCCUGGGAGGACCAGACAGCCCUCUGAAUGUUCUGACAGCCGGCAGACUCCACCCUACUCCCCGCAGCCAACGGUUGUUCCCCAAAGUUCCUCCCAGUCCUCCAGCUCCUCUCAGCCCUCCCACAGUAAGACCAGCUCUGCCGGUCCUAUGAAGCAGCCCGCUCACCCCCAGGUUCCCCUGUCUCUCUUCAGCUUCCCCACCUCUCACCCGAGCCAGUUCCACCCGGCAGCGCUCACCACACUGGGGAUUCUUCCUUCCCACCAGCACCAGUCACAUCACUCCCAGGGGCAGCCUCAUCACCCAGUCCACAUCCCCUCCACUUCCUGGCCCAUCCACGGCCCAGUCCUCACCUCGUCCUCCCCCACUGCCCCCUCCCCGCCUGGCCUGAAAUUUGCCCUGCGCUCUGCUUCGGGGAACGGGAGUCCCACGGGCUCGGGGGGCAACCACGGCCCGAUGAAUUUGAACGACCCUAGCAUCAUCUUCGCUCAGCCGGCGGGGAGACAGCUGGGCAUCAGCGGGCCUGGACGGGAAGGACACUGGCACAACCACAUGGCACAACCUGGGGCACUAAUGGGCAAUGGCACUGUAGUCAAGUCAGAUACAGGUCACCCAGCCCAGUUUGUAAAUGUGAGCCAAGGCUCUCGGUUAUGGGAGCACAACAAAGCACCGCAGUACGCCCUCUCUCCCUCCUGGCCCUACAGGAUGCCCCAGAACUUCAUCCAGCAGGGCAAUGGAGGCUACCAGCCCGGCAAACCCUUCGUGACCCAGGGUUCUGUGGUGCAUCCAAACCCCAACUUCCCACUGGUCCCCCACGUCCGACAUCAAGUAAAUCUGAAUUUCAUCCAGCAGAAGAAGUGAACUCGCGUCUCCUUUUAAUUAGAUUCAUGGUCAGUAACAUAACCAAGCGAAAUGAUUUACUCUCAGCAUCAUUUGAUCACCAGAAUUUUUAAAAAUGAAUUUUAUCAUUUUUGUACAGUUUUUAUGUUUUGUCUCAUUACAUUGAUUUGUGAUACAAAUGUCAAAUAUUUUAAUACCCCCAUUUUUGAGGGGGUCCAAAAAAGUGUUUUUAUUUUAUGUGUAAAGUAAACAAGGAAAAAUGUAAACCUUUAUUUUUAUUAGCUGUAUUCAUACUUUGCUUGCCAGAAGAUGAAGGCUUUGAAUAGACGUUUGUUUUAAAAACAAUCUAACAUGUCACCCUAAGUACGUAGUGCCAAAAGCAGGGAUAGCAAGAAAAAGGGAAAAACCUUAAAUAUUAAAAAAAAAAAGCUCCAAAAAAAUAAAGAAAAAAGCAAACUA